GGUAGUUUCCCUCCUAUAUAGUACAUAAAACUUCUGGGAAACCUUUUCUUGACGAUCGAGGACCCAGUCACGAUUCUCUUCUAAACAAUCUCGCCGCCGUCGCAGCCAUUUUUAGUGUUCAUUGAUGGCUGUGAAUUUUAUCUUACUCGCUCGUGUGGUGGUAUUGACGUUGAUUCUGAUUGUUCUAACCGGUAAUCAGAAUCAGGUACCGGUGGCUGAAGCAGUAUGGUUAACGAUUCCGGCUUCUGAAGCCAAGUGCGUGAUGGAGGAUAUCCAGAACAACGUCGUCGUAUUGGCCGAUUACUAUGUUAUUAACGAAACUGCACCCCACGAAACCCCAGGCAUCACUGUCCGGGUAACAUCACCAUUCGGGAACAAUCUUCACCAUAAGGAAAAUGUAACUUUCGGACAAUUUGCAUUUACAACCACGGAGCCUGGCAACUACUUGGCAUGCUUCUCGAUGGAUGGCAAUCAAGGUGAUGGAAGCUUAACUAUGAGCCUUGAUUGGAAAAUUGGAAUUGCUGCCAAGGACUGGGAAUCUGUUGCAAGGAAAGAUAAGAUUGAGGGUGUUGAACUUCACCUGACAAGACUUGAAGCAAUUGCGCAAGCCAUCCAUGUAAAUACACAGAGUCUUAUGAAACGGGAAUGGGAGAUGAGAGAAGUCAGUGAAAAGACUAAUGCUAGAGUGGUAUGGUUCAGUACCAUGUCUCUUGGUGUCUGCAUUCUGGUUUCGAUUUUGCAGGUUUGGCACUUGAAGCGCUACUUUCAGAAAAAGAAGCUCAUCUAAGUUUUACUUUCUAUAUUCUUCCUUUCCAGCGUAAAGCUGGCUGAAGGUUUAAAAGACUGAAAAGAUUGCACACCCUUACAAUUCUCACAAUAGUUCUUUUAUUGUUCUUGUUAUCUAUCUGGGUAGAGUGGUGGGAGGUAGUAUUCAGAUGAUUUUGAAAUCAUCUGAAUAGGAGAAAGAGGAAGACAGAGAAGUGAGACUGGAGGAUUGGCUGUAAACACUACUGUGACUUGAAAUACACUGAUUGCCAUCAAAAGUGUGGCUCUCCCAAAUGCUGGAGAAAGGAAAUAAUUGUUGAACUAGUUCUUUCAAUUGAAGUUUCUGGUCGAAUUCCAUUGGGAAAUGAUUUCUUA